ACUUCUGUACGUUCAAUAAUUAAACCGAUUAUCGUUCGUUAACGGAUCCAUCCAAGCGAGUUCGCGCAUUAGAACUUCUUAAAGAGAAUUAAACGAUCUUCACUGUCUUCCGACUUCGCCCGUUGAAUUUUCAUCCGGCCGACGAAAGGAGCUUCAAUUUCGUUCAGCGCCUGUUCAUUUGUAAUGUUAAUCAGGUCUCGUACGAUUCGCGAUAGCCGCGCUACAACCCCCUUGAUGCUCAAUCUGCUGGUGAUAUUCCAUCCGACUGGUUCGAGACUCCAAAAUUCGGAAUUGGCGGAGAUACUUCAUCGACCCAUCCGGUCCUUCACGUUCCCGGAAGAAAGUACCGCAGGUCUGUUCGUCGCGCUAGCGAUACCGCUGGAGGAGCCAUACAAAUCGAUUUCCAUAGCCGAUUUCUUCGAGGCGACUUACAGCCUGCCAACGAACGCUAGCGAUGAGAAACUCUGGCUGUAUACCGACGAACGAAGAAGAAAGAGAAGCUUGGACAGAGCUACGCUUUAUCAAGCUGUAAAGAAUAAGUUCGACAACUACGGAUAUCAGGGUCACGAAUGCCUGCUGAGGGCCAUUUGCGAAACUUCGGAGCACUACCUGAGACAUAACGGACUCAUUGGUGACAUUCUGCACGUGAUCUUCACACCAACAAGCUCGCGACACGAGCCACUACCGCGGGAUAUUCUUCAAGCCGAAGUGGUUGGACGUAAUGGAAGCUGCUCUAAGUACCGACCGCAAUGCCCCGUGGGACUCUUCGACUUGAUUGGAGUCCUCGUUUGAACUCUGAAAAACCACUGCGAUGCAACGCCGCUUGCACUUCGAUCGGAUAAACAGUUCGAUUUUAUGCUCGUACUCGGUGUCGUUCCAGCGCUUCGAUUACUAUGAAUAUCAUACAAUUUAAUGGAUUGAUCGUUUUACGUGCUACUUUCCUCCAACAAAGAAUUUAUUUUAAGCUCGCGAGAAUACUGUAAGAAUGAAUAUUCUUAUAAAUGUAAUCCUAUGCGCAUAUACUCCCGUUAAUAAACAUUACAGCCUCCGAUGAUUUAGUGUAAAUCAUGAUGAUACUCGAUACAGUAGAACCGCAUUUAUCUGAACUUGGACAAAUAUAAUAGUUUCUGUAAUUG